AUUUUCUGACGAAAACAACUUGCGUCCUUCAGAAAAUUCCGUUGUAGUUUUGUUAUGGCUGCGGGUAUCGUUAAAUUGUGUAAAACACUGAACAGUAAUGCUGGGCAGCUUCGGAUGUGUAGCUGUACUAAGCUUCGACCAAGUAGCAGUUUUAUUCAAACACAACCCGAGAUCCUUACCCGGAGGUUACAGAAGGAUGGCAUCAGGAAUAUCAUCCUCAACAAUCCAAAGAAGAGAAACGCUCUAUCACUACCUAUGCUGCAGUCUCUACGGGAUGAUAUUUUGCAUGAAGUAGAAAGCGAAGAUCUCAGGGUUAUCAUUAUCUCUGCUGAAGGACCUGUUUUCUCCUCUGGUCAUGAUUUGAAAGAAUUGACAUCUGCACAAGGUGAACAGUAUCACAAGAUGGUGUUUGAUACCUGCAGUGAGGUAAUGACCCUUAUACAAGAUGUCCCUGUGCCAGUAAUUGCCAAGGUGAAUGGUUUGGCAACAGCUGCUGGAUGCCAACUUGUUGCUAGCUGUGACAUUGCUGUGGCUACUGAUAAAUCCAAAUUUGCUACUCCUGGAGUUAAUAUUGGGUUGUUUUGCUCUACACCAGCUGUUGCCUUAGGAAGAUCUGUCCCCAGGAAAGUUGCUCUUGAAAUGCUGUUCACAGGUGAACCUAUUUCAGCACAAGAUGCUUUGCUGCAUGGACUUUUGACCAAGGUGGUGCCUGAAGACAAGCUGGAAGAGGAGACCAUGAAAAUAGCAUUCAAAAUCUGUCAAACCAGCAGAUCUGUUGUAGCACUGGGGAAGUCCACCUUUUAUAGACAGAUGGCACAGGGACGUAAUGCUGCAUACCACAUUGCAACACAGGUCAUGGUAGAUAACUUGGCAUUGAAAGACGGACAAGAAGGAAUAAAUGCAUUUAUUCAAAAGCGCAAACCUCAGUGGAUACACACAACAGAAUCAGCUCAGGAAUGAUCUUGAAGAUGCACUUUUCAUUGAUACUUUUUUUAAGCAUAUUACUAUCUCAGUUUCAGAGUUAAAGAUCAAGGUACAUGUGAUAUAGACUGUUUAAUUUCUAGUAAUCCUGAGCUACAUAUUGUUCAUAUCUGAACAAUUCCAUUAACAAGAACAGAAGUCUCAAGUCAUUCUGAAUGUGAAAUACUUGCUAAUGGGCCUUAACUUCUAAUAGUAAUUUAAUAAAAAAUAAAAGACAACAUUG